CACCCUGUGUUUGUUGUCUCCCUCCUCUUCCCGGGUCCCUUAUUAAUCAGUCGCCUUGACCUACUCAUCCUCCUCUUUCUCUCCUCCUCUCCUCUCUAAUUCUCAGCAUCUUCCUCUGACUCAUCUUUUCAUCCUCUCCCCCUUCUGUUUCUCCUCUCCUCUCGCUCUCAUUCUGGUGUGCACCCCACCCUCGCUCUGUUUUGCCUCUCUCUUCCGCAGCUCGACACUUUCAGGCUUCCCUAAAGCGAGGCUGCGCGCACUGACGGCAGGCUACGUGUGCUAUCAGUGUGUGUCCAAUCCGUUCUCAUUGGAAGAUCGUUUAUUUUUCUGAAUUGAAUCUUCACUCACUUCAGGAUGUCCAUUGUGAGCAUCGUUGCCAGGGAAAUCCUGGACUCUCGGGGAAACCCUACAGUGGAGGUGGACUUGAGAACUGAUAAAGGUCUGUUCAGGGCUGCGGUGCCCAGCGGAGCUUCGACAGGCAUCUAUGAGGCUCUAGAACUCAGAGAUGGAGACAAGAGCCGUUACAAGGGCAAAGGCGUACUGAAGGCUGUUGGUCACAUUAAUGACACUCUUGGACCAGCCCUCAUCGCAUCUGAGAUCAGUGUGGUGGAACAAGAGAAACUGGACAACAUGAUGAUCGAAAUGGAUGGCACAGAGAACAAAUCUCAGUUUGGAGCUAAUGCCAUCCUGGGAGUGUCUCUGGCCAUCUGCAAGGCCGGUGCGGCAGAAAAAAGCGUCCCCCUGUAUCGUCAUAUUGCUGAUCUGGCAGGAAACACAGAACUAGUGCUGCCAGUUCCUGCCUUUAAUGUCAUCAACGGAGGCUCUCAUGCUGGAAACAAGCUCGCCAUGCAGGAAUUCAUGGUGCUUCCUGUGGGGGCGGAGUCAUUCCGUGACGCCCUGCGUGUCGGAGCCGAGCUCUACCAGACGCUCAAGGGUGUCAUCAAGGAGAAGUACGGCCAAGACGCCACCAACGUCGGCGACGAGGGAGGAUUCGCUCCAAACAUCCUGGAGAACAGUGAAGCACUUGAGUUGAUAAAGACGGCCAUAGACAAGGCCGGCUUCACAGAUAAAGUUGUGAUCGGGAUGGAUGUAGCCGCCUCUGAGUUCUACCGUGAUGGAAAGUACGACCUCGACUUCAAGUCUCCUCCGAACCCAGACAGACACAUCACCAGCGAUGAGCUGUUAGAGAUCUACCAGACGUUUGUCAACGAUUAUCCAGUGGUGUCCAUUGAGGAUCCGUUUGAUCAGGACGACUGGGCCGCUUGGACUAACAUGACGGGCUCCAUGGGGAUCCAGAUCGUGGGCGAUGACCUGACCGUGACAAACCCCAAGAGGAUAGAGAAGGCUGCGGAAGACCGCGCAUGCAACUGUCUGCUCCUGAAGGUCAACCAGAUCGGCACCGUCACAGAGGCCAUCCAGGCAUGUAAGCUCGCUCAGGCCAACGGAUGGGGCGUGAUGGUCAGCCAUCGCUCAGGAGAGACAGAAGACACCUUCAUCGCCGAUCUAGUGGUGGGACUCUGCACUGGACAGAUAAAGACAGGAGCUCCAUGUAGAUCUGAGCGUCUCGCAAAAUACAACCAACUUAUGAGGAUUGAAGAAGAACUGGGCGAUCAGGCUCGAUUCGCCGGGCAUAAUUUCAGAAACCCUAGCGCUCUGUGAUACUGACAUAACCACACCGAAAUCACACAAAAAACUACUGACAAAGAGUAUGUACUGCACUGAACCGACUGACUGCCCUUGACGUCCCCUCAAAUCAUUCAAAAUGCAUUUAAACAGCACUAUUUGCACUGAUAUUCAAAAAAUGACUUGCUCAGACACUCAAAGUAUAUAUUUAAACUGAACUGGACUGUGGACAGGCUUUGAUAGACCAAAUAUUAUGCACAGUGGAUCCUGGACCGACCAACAUUAUGCACAAGUGAUACUGAAUUACUUGGUGGACAAAACAUGUGCACAGGGUGGACAUGCAUGCGUAUGAUACAGAAAAUGGACCUUGAAUUUAACAAGGCAAAGGUUUUAACUCAGAUGGAAUAAAAGUAGAGAUUUAUUUUAAUCAGGUGUAAUCUUUAAAAUUAAGCUUCAGUUUAGAUGUGAAAUUUAUGUACAUAAAAAAAAAAAAAAAAACAGUCUAGGUUGACUUGCCACGCUAAAGAAAACAAAUGUAAUUUUUAUGGUUCAUUGCAUGAGAACUAAGCAAAAAUCUGUAGAUUUUGGAAAAAGGAGAGUAGAAAAAUCAAAUAGUUACCUGACUAUUUAUGCAGCAGUGGGAUUUUCAGUGAGAAGAUCACACUGCUGGGAUGAGUGACACUGACAGGGUCCAGAGUUUACUCUAAAAGACCAGGGCAUUAGAUGCUUUUUAUCAAACAAUACUCUCUUUCUCAGAUGCUGUUUUUUGUGUCCAUCUCUGACCCAAAAGCAUGCUGAGAAAAAAAGAGUCUUUUAAAACAAACGGUUAUUCAUUCAAAUCAACAUAAAAUAAAAUAGGGUGUUUUAACCUCUGAUACAAAAAGAAAAAGAAAAGUGUUUUACUCAUUUUAGUAUAUGAAGCAUUUAAAAUAAUAUGUUUAGAAUAUAUUUAUUUCCACAAAGUUUCUGUAUAUCUUCGUCAUUUAUUUGGAAGGUCUAAAAUAUAACUUAUGGCUCCCUACAUAGAGCAACACAGCAAAAAAUGAAUAAAUAAAGAGAAUGAAAUCUUAAGGAUCGAACAUAAAGUUCACAUAUCACUUCUAAUAAUAAUAAUUGUUAUAUUCAAGAACCUCCUAAUCUUCAUUUGCCUGAUUUUCUCAUGCAGUGACUCUUAAAAUGCACUUUCACAUUUUCUUUAACCCUGGAUCUUCAUCCUAAAGGGGAAGUGGACGCUUUUUGCAUUGAAUAAAACAGUCUGUAAGUGAGCCAUCUGUUGGCACAUUUCUGGCUCAACCAAUGGCGUGUGUUUGGGGCGGGGCUACCAUCGUCCAAAUAUAUAAGAGACAGCUAUAGGAAUGACACACUCCACUUCUGCUUUAAGAUGAAUGAUCAAAAUCAAUCAGUGAAAGAAAGAGACAUAACAAUCACGAUGACAGAUCUGAUUCAAGAACUGGACCGACAGACACAGCUCACAUGAAUAGAGACCAAACACACUCACUCACUCACAUUUGUGUAGCAAAGUCUCACCCUCAAUGCACACGAUUCCUUAUUCUCUCCCCCAUGGACUUGCAGUCUGUGUUGCUUCCUUUCUGUCCCCCUUUCCCUCCUCGUGGUUAUGACUUGGCUUGUUCCCCCAUACCUGAAAUCUUUUUCCUCCCUGAUGACUUAUCUUUUCAUCAUUUUGUGAGAUUAUUGUGGUGAAAGAAGGAAAAGAAAGCAAGAUGGAGAGAAAAUGAAAAAAAGAACUGACAAGCCUGUCAGUGAAUAAUGUUAUGGAAUAUUAAAGCUGUCAUUGCUUUCGUCAA